AUGUCAGCCGACCUGAAUUUUGAGACGGACCACUCAGUCAUACUGGCUUCUCAGAAUCAGCUUGGUCCUAAAGGAAGUCGUCUCAUCUUGAGACCUUUUCGGUUUGCAAAUCAUGAUUGUAAUCCAAACUGUCAAAUAUAUCUGGUCAAAAAAACUCAUGCGGCUAUUCUCGUGUCCCUUCGGGAUAUCAAAGCAGGAGACCAAAUUACUGUGGCAUACACUAAAGAUGGAUACUAUCGCGAGGGCGUCAAAUGUCUUUGUUCUGCUUGCAACCCCGAUUCACCGCCUGGAAGGCUUGCCACAUAUGUGUUCCAGCCACCAUUGUCAUCAAGCGACCCUGACAAUCCCCGAAAGAGGAAAGCGAGAAAACGUUCGCGCAUGUGUAGUGCAAAGCGAAGGCGUCUUAAGGCCAGUACAGAAGAUUCUACGGCCGCCACAAAUGAUGGAAAGGAGAUGUAA